CUAUCCAUUUUUGUGACUCCAAAAUAAAAGCAGAUAAGAUGAUAACUUCCCUGGCCCAUCUGACUCCUCAUUCCACCACAUAUUCCCUGUCAAUUCUCCACCACCGGGAUAUUCCUCGAUACCGCCGGAAUAUUCAGUCGAAGCGAACCAUAAUGGCUUCCUUCUCCGCCGCCGCCUCCUCAGACCUUCUAGAAGCUGCAAAGCAUACUGUAGAUAAUUAUGUCACAAGUGACAUGGUCAUUGGUUUGGGCUCGGGUCAUGCAUCCAAUUUAGCAAUACAACACUUGGGUCAGAAACUACGUCAAGGGUGUCUCACUAAUAUACUAGGGAUCCCUACUUCAGUGGCCAGUGCUAGCGUAGCAACAAAAGCAGGAAUCCCGGUGGACAAGUAUGAAGAUAACAUGCAAAUUGAUUUUGCAUUUGUCGAUGCUGAUGUUGUUGAGGAGGGGACACUGGCUGCAGUAAUUGGCCGAAGGAAAAUUGAAGGUGAUGAGUCUAUAAUUGAAGAGAAGUGCAUUAUGAGGACAGCUAGGAAUUUGGUGUUCAUGGUUAAUGAGAAGCAGUACACUAAGCAUGCUGAUGGGUCUAUUCCAGUCUUGGUUAAAACUGGUAAUUGGCUGGAAGCUGCGGAAGAGAUAGACGAUUUGUUUCUGGGGGAUGCAGAGGUAUGGAGAAGGCCAACACAUGGGCAUGCUGAUCCUCUUGGUGGCAAUUUUCCACUAGUCACCAAAGAAGGGCACUAUGUUCUUGAUGUUAUAUUUACUUCUCCUAUACUUGAUCUUGUCGUUUUUUAUUUGAUGGAUACAGCUGAAGUAGCAAAAACUUUGGAUGAAAUUGAUGGAGUUGUGAAUCAUGGAGUUAUAUCUGGCAUUGAUUGCACUGCAAUUGUUGCUUCAACAACUGGAAUAAUAGUCAUCAACAAUUUGUCAAAAUUACACAGCUGAUAGAUGGAAGUUUUUGUCUGAAGAAGUUCCAGUUCCAGAAAUACAAACGUUUUUGUUCUACAUGCACACAGAAGUGUACUCACUAGCUGUUAGGCUUCAGAAAUACCUUUAUUAAAGACAAUCAGUUAUUGUUUUAUGGCUUGGGGAUCUGUUUUGAGACUGGUUAUUUUUGAAAUCAUUGCCAAACUUAUUUAUUAAA